GCCACCAAUAUAACGCUCUUACUCGAUCCGCCAUGGCAGCCUUUCAUUUCUCUCCACCUCCAACAAUAAUAAUUCUCUCUUCACUUUUCUGUAAACAUAUAUGUCCUCCGAUCCUCUUACACCUGCGCCGCCCUACCUGGUGUCGCCGUCAGCCGCACUCGUUUCUUCAAUCUCCGAUCACUGCACCGUCGUCGGUCUCGCUCGCCGCCCCGCCGCCCAACAAGCUAGCUAAGAAGUUGCAUUGGGUCAGACAGUAUUGAUUUGCGAUGGAAGAAAGAAGAAUGCAGCUAUGGCUGGUAUGUGUGUUAGCCUUUUCGCUGAUUCUUGUCGCAGUUGAAGGGUUGCUUGUCAACAUUACAAUUCUUGAAAGCGCCGUAAAAUCAGGAGCGGUUUGUUUAGAUGGGAGCCCACCGGCUUAUCAUCUUCACAGGGGCUUUGGUAGUGGCAUCAACAAUUGGCUAAUCCAAUUAGAGGGUGGAGGAUGGUGCCAUAACAUUACAAAUUGCCUUGCUCGAAAGGAGAGUCGUUUAGGAUCCUCCAAGAAUAUGGCUUCACCACUAGCUUUCUCUGGGAUUUUGCACAACAAACCUAUAUUUAACCCGGAUUUCUACACAUGGAAUAGGGUCAAAAUCAGAUAUUGUGAUGGUUCAUCGUUUACUGGUGAUGUUAAGAAAGUCAGCCCGGCUACCAAUCUUCACUUCCGAGGUGCAAGGAUUUUCCCGGCCGUCAUCAAUGACUUAUUGGCAAAGGGAAUGAAGAAUGCCAAAAAUGCUAUUCUAUCUGGAUGCUCAGCUGGGGGAUUGGCUUCAAUCUUGCACUGCGAUCAAUUCAGAGAGCUCUUACCAAAAACCGCUCAAGUAAAAUGCUUUUCAGAUGCCGGUUAUUUCGUUAAUGUGAAGGCCAUUUCAGGAGAACCAAUUUUUGAAAAGUACUAUGAUGAUAUUGUUACAUUACAUGGAUCAGCUCAGAAUUUGCCCAAAUCAUGCACCUCAAAGCUUAAACCAGGCUUGUGCUUCUUCCCUCAAAAUGUGGUUUCAGACAUUAAGACACCACUGUUCCUAAUAAAUUCAGCCUAUGAUCAUUGGCAGGUUAGAAAUGCCUUUAUUCCUGGCGUCGCCGAUCCCUCGGGAAAGUGGAGCAAGUGCAAGCUCAACAUACUUAAUUGUCUGCCUAACCAACUCAAAAUUCUCCAAGAGUAUAGGUUGGAGUUUUUAAAAGCAUUGUUCGGACUAAAACCUUCUCCGGAAAGAGGGUAUUUUAUCGACUCUUGCUAUCUACACUGUCAGACUGAACUGCAGAUGUUUUGGCACAUGCCUAAUUCUUCGAGGUUGUCUAACAAGACGGUGGCGCAAGCGGCGGCGGAUUGGUUUUUCAACAGAAAUUUGUUUCGGAAGAUAGAUUGCCCUUAUCCCUGCAACAAAAGCUGCACGAAAACACCCACUUUAUUAUUGGACAGUGAUCUACUAUGAUCCAGUGAUAUUUUCUUAGUAAUUUUACACAGACAUAUAGAAGGAAAAGUGCUACAAAUAAAAAAAAAAUAAAUGGGGGAAUAAUAUUUUCUAAAUUGAAAAACAAAUAGGAAAAUUGGUAUAGGGAAAUUAGACAGUAGUGGAAUAGAUUACAUAGGUUUUAGAAUAUAGCUUUGUACUGUGUAAUUUUAUUGUCUUAGAUAUCCAUUUCAUUUCAAUAUAUCCCGCCAUUGUUGUUGAAACUUUA